UUAUUUUUUAAACUUCAAUCAGCUGCAGUGCAGAGCUCAAGCUGUCGUUCUGUAGCUUCUGUCUAAUCAUAUAAUUUAUUUAUUUAAUAAACAAUGGCCGGUGUUCUAAAGAAGUCGACCUUUUUAAAAGGACUUGAAGUUGCAAAAACUCCCCACCAUUCGCUGACAAAUAUUUACACAAGAAUCCUACGAGUGCUUGCUAAAUUCCCGUCUUCAUCAGCAUACCGUAUAAGUACUGAGCAAAUUGUCAAGGAACGUGCCGCAAUAGUUAAAGAAACUCCCGACGUAGAGGCUCUGGAGAAGAAAAUAGGAUGUGGUCAAGUAGAAGAGUUAAUAAUACAAGCUGAAAAUGAGUUGCUGCUGGCUCGUAAAAUGGUCGUAUGGCAACCAUGGGAGCCUCUGACUGAAGAACCGCCCAAGGAUCAGUGGACUUGGCCACCUCACAAGUAAUUUACCCACAUUUAUAUACUAUAUAUACAUACAUUUAGUAAAGAUACAUGUAUUUAAUAUAGGCAUUGUUUAAUAAUAAUCAUGGUAUAAAAUAUAAACUUAAUUUAAUGUAAAUAUACAACUAAAUGUCA